ACGAGGCACGUGAAAAUGCAUGCUCACAGCAGUCAUCUGUGAGAUUGCGAUCUCCAGUGCUACUGCAGCACAACGGGCAAAAAUCUGCUCAAGUCACCCUGCAAACAAAAUCAGAGGCUGUGACUCCCAGGGCUGCAGUGGAUGCGAUGACCCCAGAAAUAAGCAUGAAAAAACGGGCAGGAGAAGGGUUUCUAGCUGGCAAGGUGCUCAGCCGUGGGCUAACCCUCCUUGCUCUUCCAACAGUGUCCAGCUUUCUGGGUCGGGAUUCUGCGUUAAGAUGUGUUACAUCAAGUACAGUGGCCCCAUCAAGAAGGGAGAGAAAAUCGAUGUCCUGUUGCCCAUGCAAAGGGUCUGCAAAGGAAUUACAUCCCCUGUCUGUAUCCAGAACUGUGACUUAACAGAUCUACUCCCAACCUGCAAACAGGAGGCUGCACAUCAGGGGCAAAGCCUUCAGACCCCACUUUUGUAUUCAUUAAAUCUCUCGGGCAUAGGCAGUCAUUCUAGUAAAGUGGAAGCCACUGAGGCUCAAACAGUUGUUCCACCUAAAAAGUAUCCAUGAACAAAACACUGGUGGAUAUCUGGACAUAAACAGGCUCACAGUGAGGUAUAACACAUGCUUUAAAGCUGUUCUGUAUCCUGCACAACACUGCACUUGUAGAUGAAGGCUGAAGCAGUGGGCAGCAGAGUAGCUGGGAGGUGGUGGGUCCUCGAUGCUCAGCAGCACCGCAGCGAGCCAUGCUGCAGCUCAUCUUGGACUUCUCUGCUCUAUUUUCAGCCAAACAUGAAGAUUUCUUCAAUAAGGCAGAAAUUUCACUUUUGCUUGCAUACGGAAAAAUCACAUUAUUAAAGGGCUGUUUCACUGCA